UGAGAUUGAGAUUGAGUUGGGGGUUAACCUGGGGAUUGAGCUGGAGAGUGUGUUGGAGAGUGAGUUGGUGGUUAAGCUAGAGAGUGAGUUGGAGAAGAAGCUGAAGAGUAAGCUAGAAAGUGAGCUGGAGAAGAAAGUGAAGAGUGAGUUAGAGAGGGGGCUGGAGAGUGCUUUGGAGAAGAAAAUGGAGAGUAUGCUUGGGAAUGAGCUGAAGAGUAAACUAGAGAGUGAGAUUGAGAGUAAGAUGGAGAAGAAGCUGGAGAGUAAACUAGAGAGUAAGCUAGGGUGUGAGAUAGAUAGUGAUAUGAAGAGGAAGUUGGAGAGUGAGCUAGAGCGUGAGAUGGAGAAGAAGUUGGAGAGUGAGUUAGAGAGAGUAAGCUAGGCAUGGAGGUGGAGCGUGAGAUGGAGAAGAAGUUGGAGAGUGAGCUAGAGAGUGAGAUGGAGAAGAAGUUAGAGAGUGAGCUAGAGAGUGAGAUGGAGAGGAAGUUGGAGAGUGAGCUAGAGCGUGAGAUGGAGAAGUUGGAGAGUGAGCUAAAGCGUGAGAUGGAGAGGAAGUUGGAGAGUGAGCUAGAGAGUGAGAUGGAGAAGAAGUUGGAGAGUGAGCUAGAGCGUGAGCUAGAGAGUUAGAGCGUGAGAUG